GUUGACUGCGACAACAUGGAGAACAGCCGGGAGGUGGAAGGAAACCGCCCACACUGUGACUUCUCACACUUGUGUCCACGACGUAGACAUGUAGGCUUCCCACUUGUGAUCAUGCUCUGCGAGGUCAAGUUCACGCGUCUACCCCUGCCCGGUGAAGACAGGACUGCUCACCUUGCUCAAUCGGAUGCCCUGGGAGAGGUGCCUGUCCCAGGAGCUGAGGUCGGAGGUCAGACUCGUCGCAUGUGCGAACCUGGCUGUUCUUAUCCUCCAGGAGAGGCAGAUGCGAGCCAGAACAAUGGGACCUCGUCUAGGGACACGGCGGUGACAGACUCCAAGAGCACAGGGGACCCGAAGAAUGCCUGGCAGGACGCCCGCCCAGCUGACCCGGGGAGACGCCCCCACUCGACCCGCCUCUUUUCCCGAGAUGCCCCGGGGAGGGAGGACAACACCUUCAAAGACAGGCCCUCCGAGUCCGACGAGCUCCAGACCAUCCACGAAGACACUGCAGCUGCUCCCGAGGGCCUGGAUGUGAUGGCGUCACAGAAGAGACCCUCCCAGAGGCACGGGUCCAAGUACCUGGCCACAGCGGGCACCGCGGACCAUGCCCGGCCCAGCUUCCUCCCGCGACACAGAGACACGGGCAUCCUUGACUCUAUCGGACGCUUCUUUGGCGGUGACAGGGGUGCGCCCAAGCGGGGCUCCGGCAAGGUGACCCCACGCACACCACCGCCGUCACAAGGAAAGGGGAGAGGACUGUCCCUCAGCAGAUUUAGCUGGGGGGCCGAAGGGCAGAAACCAGGCUUUGGCUACGGAGGCAGAGCUUCGUCAGCUCACAGAGGAUUCAAGGGGGCCCGCGACGCCCAGGGCACACUUUCCAAAAUCUUCAAACUGGGAGGAAGGGACAGCCGCUCGGGAUCACCCAUGGCCAGGCGCUGAAGCCCCCUCCGCUGCCGUCCCAGCGCCCUACCCUCAGCUUCUCAGCAUAACCGCCUUCCGCCUUAAUCCGCGCACCCUUCCCUAGACAUAGCGACGCCUCUCCCUAGCCCGCGGGCUGUGCAGGGUCCCGCGGCGAUUUCUGGCCAAUGAUUAAGAGACAGCGACAACAGAAAACGGCUACGCUGCCACUUCCUGUGUGAAGAUUUCACUUGGAGUAUUCGCUCACUGCCGCGUGCCCCAGAUGCACGUCGGUCUCCGUGCCUCGGGGUCGUCCCUCCGAGGUCACCCCUCCAUCUUUGGACUUGCUUUUGCACUUCCGCUGGGCGCUGCCAUUGAGGCGCUGCCGUGGAGACAGAGGACAUGGCGGGUGGAGGACUGUGUGAUCCAAGCUUCCUUUGGUUUUCUUUUCUGCCCUUCUCUCACCUCCUAAAGUCGACUUUAUUUUUCCUAACAGGGUUAGACAGUCAAGGAGUGGCUUAGUACACGUGGGAGCUUUUGGUACGUGAAGUGCGGGCCGGGCAGCUGUUUGAGUCCAAUGGGGGGCAGCACAGAGGGGGCGCCUGGGUAGGCUGCUCCCCACCCCCAUUAGCGGAAUUUGUGAGUGGCAGAGGGAGGAAAAGGAGGCCCAGUCGGGCUGGGCAAUGGCACGACAGGAGACAGGAUCUUGGAACCGGUGGUGGAGAGACAGUGCGGCCACCAUUGCCGCUGUCCCUGCACGCAGUGGUGACUGGGUGGCCUCGGAAACUGGCUCAUUCCCUCACCAGAGCCCAGCCGAGCAAGCAGGGAGCCUUGCGCAUCUUGGAGAACCUGGGAGUCCUCUGGGCAGCCUCGUGGCCACACUGGCCCUGAGUCACGCUGAGUGUGCCCGGGGUGCUUAUGAUGGCAGUGCACAGACACACUAACCCGCGAGACCGUACUGCACAGACACUAACCUGCGAGACGCCAUCCGCCCGGUGCACGCGGGCUCGCUGAGUACUGGCCGCCCCGGAACCGAGGAAAGCUCUGGGGCCGCCCUUCCCUAACCCGCUGACCUUCUCCCGCACCCCUCCCUAACCCACUGACCCCCCUUUUGAUUUUAGCAUAUCUUCGGUAGGCCCCCAAGAGCCCACACACCCCCUCCCUUCUCCCUUAGAGAAGAUGAGGACUAGGCACCGAGCGCCAGGACCCGUCCUCGUAAUCCCGUGCUAAUUCUGAAUGCAGAGUGUGGGUUUAAUAUAACGUCUAUUAACAUAGAGCCUCAGUGGCCAGAGGGUAAGAGAAAAAGAGGGACGGAAUUCCUGAAACGACACCCCACGCAGCUCACCACAAGCUCGCAGCGUCUGAGCAGCUGCCAGCUGUGCGAACCCCGAACCCCUCGCGGCUACUCCGGGCAGUGCCGCGACGGCGGGUUCCUGAACACGGAAAUAAAACGAUAAGCUGUUAA